AUGGCUGACGGUCAGAUGCCCUUUCCCUGCCACUACCCAAGCCGCUUCCGCCGAGACCCUUUCCGCGACUCGCCCCUCUCCUCGCGCCUGCUGGACGAUGGCUUUGGCAUGGACCCCUUUCCUGACGACUUGACCGCCUCUUGGCCCGAUUGGGCCCUGCCCCGGCUCUCCUCGGCCUGGCCAGGGACCCUGAGGUCCGGCAUGGUGCCCCGGGGGCCCACUGCAGCAGCUAGGUUCGGGGUACCUGCAGAGGGCAGGAGCCCCCCACCCUUCCCUGGAGAGCCCUGGAAAGUGUGUGUCAACGUGCACAGCUUCAAGCCAGAGGAGCUGAUGGUGAAAACCAAGGACGGAUAUGUAGAGGUGUCCGGUAAUCAUGAAGAGAAGCAGCAAGAAGGCGGCAUUGUUUCCAAGAACUUCACAAAGAAAAUCCAGCUUCCUGCAGAGGUGGACCCUGUGACAGUAUUUGCCUCCCUUUCCCCAGAAGGCCUGCUGAUCAUCGAAGCGCCCCAGGUUCCCCCGUACUCACCAUUUGGAGAGACCAGUUUCAACAAUGAGCUUCCCCAAGACGGCCAGGAAGUCACCUGUACCUGAGAUGCCAGCCUUGGCCCAUCCUUGAUUCCUCCCCGACCCCAGGGCUUCUCUGAUUCCAGGCUACAUCACCUUAGCUGAACUGAUAGAUUUAGUGUGAUUAACAUGUUGGCGGGAG